AACUUCCGAAAGCAAAAUAAUUCCAUUCAAAUUCUCCAUUCCACAAACACGAAGCGCUGCAACGCAAAGRCACAACCCACUGUUGRGAUUCGUGAAAAUAGUGCAAAUAAAUAAUAGAACACAACACAAGGAUGACUCUAUUGUUCGACGCGACGAGUGCCUAUCUAGGGCCUCUCUUAGAAAAACAUGCGGCCGGACAGCCAUUGGUCUGGGAAGACUUGGUGGCUGCCCAGGCCGCCUGUUCUGCCAUUUUGCGUCAAUCCAACAACGAGUUCGUUUCGGUAAGCUUAUCAUUGAAGAAAACAAGAUAAMYAAUUUAUAKCACCGAAGAGAUCAAAAGCAAUCGAAAAUGAUUACCGAAACGAGUAAAGGAAGGAGAAGAGAAUGGAAAUGAUUGGUCGGGGGAACUCAAUUGAAUGAAUCCUUAMCAACUAGUKUGAGAAAAAUGGAACAUCSUCUUUGAACGACAAAAUUUAUGGAUCAGACCCGGAGACUGCAAAUCAAGCUGGUAGGGUAGACUUGGUCCAUGAUUCGACUCUGUCACUCAAUCAAUCGGACAACGAGUAACAUGAAAAGCGCUUGCGUUUUCUUGUGAAAGUGAUCGAGACAAAAACCAACGAGGUAAGAAUCUGGUGACCGUAUACUAUGACAAUGCUUCUUCUUAUUUCUGUUCAGUUGAGAAACGCAUUUAUUCAUCGUUUUCUUGUUUCCGACACGUUUUCGAUGUAGGAGCAGCACCUUGUUGGCAAUGAAUGAAUAAUAUCAUUGAUAAUACCAUACUCGGAUCGCCGAAGCUGACUGUCUCAAUUGAAAAGAUUGUGAUCGAGGAGUUCCACAAAAUAGAUUCAUCAAUUUGAG